AUUUCAUAAAAUAAAAUAAGUCAAUCAUUAAGACACAAAGCCGGUAAACAUCAACAUCUUCGUUUUAUGAUUUUAUCAGAACAAGAUAUUUUGAUAAUAAUACAAUAACUUAAUAAAUAGAAGUAGGUUGAUCAAAUCUCAUUUCACAAGUAGUUUUUCUCAAUUCACAAACUUUCUAUUUUACUUCGAGAUUGAUUUGCAUACGAUUUAGCUUGAGCCAUCAAACACCAGAGCAGACGUAGAGAACUCGGUCAAUUACUGGGAAACUAAACCCCAAACAAAAAAUCUCCACCCACCACAAUUUAUACCACAAAAAAAUAAGAUAAGAAUGUCUAGCCUACCCGUAAAGUAAAUGGUAGCAAGCAAAUUGCAUGCCCCCUGACAUUUUGAUGUAUUGCUGAACAAAUUUAACUGCCAGAAACCAACAGCUACUGAACAAAAAAUCCACCCUUACUGAUAAAACAAGUAUAUAAGGAUAAACCAUGCUCAACAACUUAAGAAACAAACAUGAAAUAUGAUUAAUCUAAUAGGCAGCAACAGCUUUUAUGAACUUUAGAAAAAGUCGUAUGAACAUAGAGACCUAGCUAACCUUCGUACAAAAAAAUCUCAAAAGAAGAGAAACUAAGAGCUAAAAUUGAAGAACAAAGAUUAACAAAAUGAGAUAAAAGUAUUGCAUAUCCUCAGUUCAGUAUCCAGACUCCAACCAUUAUAUCACAGGAAUCCUAAUUAUGAAGGCAGUGUGAAAGAAUACAAUGAUUAAUGUUCCAUACUACUUGUUAACCACCAAAGAAUACUACUCCCUCCGUUCCUAGUUAUCUGUCUAUAUAACUAACUCUGCAAGGAGAGGGGAAUGAAUACUUAAAUGUGCUUUCCUAUAUGCAUAUAUAUGGUCUACAGUAAAGGGAAGGGAGGAUGGGUUGGGGUUCAAAAGCUCAACUCAGUGGUACCAUCCGGGGGGGCAAGUGGACUUUUGCCACUAGCUCUGCUAACCUUGGUGGUUUGUGUGUGUGUGUAUAAUUUAGAAGAACUUGGCAAUUUUUUACAAAAAAAGUUGUGUUGUUUGACUUCCUUUUCAAUUUGAUUGGUAUCCUCCAAAGACAAUCAGAACUUGCACGUGCUCCAUUUCAUAGAAUAUGUAGAAGUCCCAUCAUCUCCCACCUUUUUACAGAUAAUCAUCCAAACCAGAAAAGUUCAAUCCUACAAAAACCAUUUUUCACUACAAUCCUUUCUGUUCAUCAGAAACUCUAGAGCUGCACCCUAUUCUGGAGUUCAUUCUUCCAUAUUCUCAACCCAAAACACUCAGGAGCUUAUUCUUCCAUAUUCCACGCUAACAACUAUUGAAAGCUCUAAUCCCAUCUACCACACAACAUGAGUGCAGAUAAAAUUGACCAAAUGAUACCGAGCAAAAUCUGCUUCCUUGUUAAACAGCACCAAAAAGACUGGGUCACUUGACGAUUCAAGUCAUUUAAUGCUUUUUUAGGUAUUUUUUAUUACUUCCCGGCAACAUAUAUAUUUAGCCCAAAAAAAAAAAAAUCCUCCCAACAUUAUCAAUAGAAUUAAAAGAUAGAAAAGCCAAUUGCUCUAUAAAUCAAAUUCAUUUUUGAGAAGGCCAUUGAGGAAGGUAUGAAGCUCUAGAGGCAUAAGCUCUGUAAAGGAUGUGACAGGAAAGUAUGUUUGGUACGGAAAUGAAACAGAACUUUCAUUUCAAAAUGAAUUCAUCAUAGAAUU